UUUUCAAGAUAGAUUAUUUCUUCUCUUAGCGGUUGAAUGGCUCGUUUCUAUCAAUCUCAACCGCCUUCCGCACCGCCGGCGCCGGAGGGUUACGGAUGGGGAGAACCUUAUCCGGCCGCUCCUCAGACCAAUUACGGUGGCCAGACUAACUAUGGAUAUCCUUCUUUCCCGCCGGGAACUCCGCCUAACGUCGUACAGAGUUUUCAAAUGGCCGACCGUGACCGGAGUGGUUUUAUAGAUGAAAGAGAACUUCAACAAGCUCUAUCCAACGGUUAUCAGCGAUUCAGCCUUCGAACUAUCCGUUUGUUAAUGUUUCUCUUUAAGAAUCCUAUGGAUCCUCUUAGAAUUGGUCCUAAAGAAUUUACUGAAUUAUGGAGCUGUCUUGGCCAAUGGCGGGGAGUUUUCGAGAGGUUUGAUAGAGAUAGGAGUGGAAAAAUUGAUGCGACAGAGCUGAAAGAUGCAUUAUACAGCCUUGGAUAUGCUCUUCCACAAUCUGUUCUUCAAGUGCUUCUUUCGAGAUAUGAAAAUGCAUCUUCAAGGAGGGUUGAGCUCAAUUUUGAUAGCUUUGUGGAGUGUGGGAUGGUGGUCAAGGGCAUGACAGAUAAAUUUAAGGAGAAGGAUCCGAGAUAUACUGGUUCGGCGACUAUUUCUUAUGAUGCAUUUAUGUCUAUGAUCAUCCCGUUUAUUGUGCAAUACGAUGACUGAUUCGUCACGGUUUGUUUAGGUCAAGGUAAAUCGAAUAUAGUAAUAAUAGUUGAUUACUAUUAUUGAUUACGAAGAGGGUUAAUUUGUCGUGCUGUUGGUUUUAAUAGUAGUGAAAUCGAUUAUUAUUAUUAUGUUAUUUGAUCUGGUUAUUAUUUAAUAGUA